AUGACUUUUUUGCCGAUAAUUCUGAUCACGCUGUUUUCCCUGAGCAAUCCUGUUGCCUGUUAUCAUGAUGCCCGUGAUGACAGAAAAAUAACUUUUGAUGAGAGCGAUACGAGCGAUUAUGUUUCUGUUUUGAAAGAAAACGAGUUAUUCAAGUCAAGUGGAAUUUGCGCAGCAGAUAAUCGAUCAUAUUUAGGUCUUUGUGAGUCCAAAAAGCCUGUGAAUAGCCUAUUCGAACUUCAAAGAACAUUAUGUUUCUGUGACGAAGCUUGUCAUUUUUAUCAUGAUUGCUGUUUUAAUCGAGUUUUUCCAAACGAUGAACCGAACUUAAUUUCCUCGUGCAGGACAGUAAGAGAUGAAAAUGGCUCUAGGAUUUCCAUAUAUGUUGUGCAGAAGUGUCAUUACUUGUGGAACAAUUCCGACGUGCAAACUAUGUGUGAAAAAGAAUCGGCAGCUUUAGAAUAUUCAAAGAAGUCAUACAGCCAUCUGCAAGAUAUACCAGUCCUUAGCAAAAGAUCUCGGAUAUUCUUCAGAAAUAUUUAUUGUGCCAUUUGCAAUUAUGAUACAGACAUUGUGACUUGGAAGUCUUUCAUGUACUGUAAUGGUGAUUCUUCAAGAGAGUCUGUGAACAAAGAACAAGACGUUUAUGAUUUUUCUUCAGCUGUAUAUAGUACCAGAGAUCAGAACUUCAAGCGCGUUAAAGUUGGCGGUAAGCUUAAAAAUUGUCGGCUCGUCAUAAAUGAUUUCAAACUAAGUUCACUUUUGGAGUAUCAGGCUAGACUUUGUAAGCCUAUGAUUGAUAACUGCUUACCUGGUUCACCAAGCGAAUUGGAGUUAAAAUGCAGGUCUUUCACAUCAUUUGUGUACGAGAUUUCCUUUCAGUCAACGAGAAAGGUUUACAAAAACUUUUAUUGUGCCCUCUGUAAUCAAGGAUCUGUGAAUAAGUUGAGAUGUAAAGAUCCUGAAUAUCCCAUAAUUCAUGGGCCACAAACUGGCAGAGGCGACCUUUCUUGGCUUUUCGACUUCAACUUCGUGAAUGACGGUAGCAAUCAAGUAGGAGACAAAAACCCGUGUCGCUUGAGAGAAGGUAAAAUAUGGGAUCCGUUGUUGAAAAGAUGCGAACAAUUUGUUUGUGGAUCCCUUUAUGUUAGAGAAGGCUCGAAAUGUGUGCCGAAAAAUUUCUCAGAAACUGAAAAUCCUUCUAAAGGCAUUAAAAGUGAUUGUCCAAAGAGAAUACUCACAAAAGAAAUGUUCACCCUUACAAAUAACGGUAGUUUUUACGUGAAUUACUCCAAUACCUUUUUAAAGCAAGAGGAAUACGAAAUAUACGAGAAAAAUGGCGAAGAUGUAAUUAGAAUUGCUAUUUGUGCGAAGGAAUUGUAUUUGUUGCCCAUGACGAGCGUUUACUUGUUGCUAUCCGAAAUAACGUUAAGUCUUUCAAUUAUUUGUUUGGUGCUAAACAUUAGUGUUUAUACAAUUUUAAAGGAGCUUAGAAAUGGACCUGGGAAAAUCCUUAUGUCUCUAUCUUUGUCGUUGCUUUGUGGCCAUUUCUUUUUACUGACUGGAACUCAUUUUGCAGAGGUGAAUUGGUUGUGCUACUUUGCAGCUGUAGCAACACAUUUUGGAUACAUCGCUUCGUUUUGUUGGAUGACCGUAAUGGCUUUUGAUAUUCACAGGACAUUUUCGGCUACACAGAGGAGAAAUUCGAAGCACAAGCCAUUUUUUAAUUAUUCCUUAUACUCUUGGAUAUCUUCUUUGAGUUUAGUUGUUGUUAGUGUGACAAUGGAUAACUCAUUAGACAAAGACUUCGAAUUUCGCCCUAAAUAUGGAGAGCCAAUUUGUUGGUUCAAUAACAAGAAAGGAUUAUUAAUGUUUUUUAUCAUACCAGUAUUAGUACUGUUGGUGAGUAAUAUUACAUUCUUCUCACUAACAGCAUUUUACUUGCACAAAAUAUCUCGGCAAACAAAAAUGGUGAACAACUUUUCUGAUCGAACGAGAUACCUUUUAUACAUCAAGCUAACAGUCGUUCUAGGACUUGCAUGGCUUUUGGGGUUUUUUGCCGGUAUCACAGGCAUCAAUGCCCUUUGGUACCCUUUCAUUAUUCUGAAUGGGCUACAGGGUGUUUUUAUAUUUGUUGCUUUCACAUGCAAAGUCAAAAUAUUUCACAAAUUGGCGAUUAAAUUUAAAAUACGGUCCAGUUCUUACACAAUGGGGAAACAAAGUGCCCUCAAAAAAGCCAUGUACAGCAGCUUAUCUAAUUUAUCCACUCUUGGCACAACGCUUACGUCACAAAUUAUUUCUGCUGUUGAGAAACCACCAGGUAUGCUGAAAGCUGUGCGAAAAAUAAAUCCGGAUGAACUGUGA